CCUAAAAGAGAACCAUUGUUAUCUUCCCCGCUAUUUUCUCUCUCUAACUUUGGUUGUGAUCGACGCGAUCCGUUUGGCCAUUGAAGGCUAAAAUACACUGAGAUUUCCAUCUCUAUCUCUAUAUAGCUACCAACCGCCAUUGAUUUGAUUCGCCAUUGUAGUUUUCGUUCAGAAAAUUGGGAAUUCAUAGUGCCUGUUGUUCUCUCACUCUUAUAAAUCGAAUUCAUGGCAUUUGAACAAAACUUCCAAGGAUCCACAGGGGAGGCAAUUUCAGCUCCAACAGCAGCUUCAGAAAAUGUGAAUGGCUCCUUUGAGUGCAACAUAUGCUUAGAUUCUGCAAAUGACCCCGUGGUCACCCUUUGUGGUCACCUUUACUGCUGGCCUUGCAUUUACAAGUGGCUCAAUGUCCAAGGCUCCUCCCCUGAGUCAGAUGAGCAGCCCAAGUGCCCUGUCUGUAAAGCUAACAUCUCCCCUUCUUCAUUGGUCCCACUAUAUGGCCGGGGUGGUUCAUCCCCAUCCCAAUCCAAUUCCAGAAAGCCUCGACUGGAUCUUGUCAUACCCCACCGACCACCUGCUCUUGGGGUGCACACCUUGUUAACCUCAGUGACUUCCCAUCCAAAUGAGCAGCUUCGUCCUAAUCCUUUCCAAUCACAAUCUCAGUCUUUUGAUCACCAACAAUACUUCCCUCACCCUUAUGGCGAUUAUACCUCCAUGGCAACAUCCAACUUUGGGGGCACUGCAGUGACGUCCAAUGUUUUCAGUCCAAUAGUUGGGAUGUUUGGUGAGAUGGUCUUUGCGAGGAUGUUUGGGAACUCGGACACAAGUGUAUUUGCGUAUCCUAAUCAGAAUUCUUACCCAGUCAUGGGGAGUGGCAGCCCUAGGAUGAGACGGCAGGAAAUGCAGCUUGACACAUCUCUCAACAGAGUAUCCAUCUUUCUUUUUUGUUGUUUUAUUUUAUGCCUUAUCUUUUUCUGAAGGUCUAUUCCCCUGCAAAAUUUAUGCUAUACAGGUGAGGAUCAAAUAACCAGUUGGGAAUAGCUCAGAUAUACUGUAAACAUAUUUCAUUAAGUACUUUGCAAAUCCUAUGAGAUUUUUUUUUGCUUUUAUCUUGUAAAAUGACAUUUUCCAGUAUAUUAUAUUCAAUUUGAUCGCUAUCAUGGAAAGAAAUGCCAUUUCUGAUGUUUGUAUAGUUUCACUUAA